UAUCCGGGACAUCUAAAAUAAUCACGUCGGGGCAAGUCAGGGCUGUUUUCAGGGCUGUUUUCUUGGAAAUCUGACGUCAUAGUCAAGCGAUACGGAGAAAGCAUCCAAAUCAGCAGAAAAACCGUAUAAAUUUGCACUUUGUUCGCGUAAUAUUCAGUGGAAGAAAUCGAAGGCAUAUAAAGUUCGAAGACCUAUGCCAGUAUGUUUGGCCACUAUAGGUCGAGAGGAACUCUGGAGCAGGAGAAAACUAUUGCCCAAGCGUUUGUGAAGUUUCUGGAGGACAGCGGUCGUAAGCAAGACAUGCUUGUAAUCCAAUUGAAGAACAUUUACCAAGGAGAAUUCCGCUCUUUGAAUCCCUCGUUUGACCGGAGUAUUUCAUUCUCCAGAGUUUUAAACGCUCUUACGUAUCACUUAAAUGUUUGCCAGCAACUUCAAGACCGUGUAAUCUUUGGUGGUGGAGAAGCAGCAGCUCUCCAACUCCUUACCGACGAUUCUGUAGAGCCACAGGAAAAUGAUGAUCUUUGUUACCGCUCGCUCUCGAGCUUGAGGCCUUUCUAUUGUGAAGUUUGUAAAAGAGGUCUUGGGAAUGCAAUGGCUUACCAGAAACACCUCGAAGGGGUGAAACAUCGCCAACAGAAAAUCCUCAUAACGAUUCGAAAAUCACUAAAAAAACCAGAGCUUGUCUUUGACAAAAAUGGGAUAAGGGUUACUUCAGAUCCCGCUGGAGAUGAACAUGGUGUGAUAGAAUUGAAAGUUGAGAGUGGAACAUAUGGGCAGAUUGUGUUGAUUAUAGAGAACCUCAGUGAGGAGAUCAUCACCCUGAAGGACAUCACUCUGCUGUGGAGUGUCAACUUUUUUGACUACAGGGAAAUAUCCAGUAUUGGACCUGAUGAGGGUCAACUCUACCCAGGUAAAUUCUGA